UAAUCAUCACGCACGCAUUUCAAGUUAACCAGAAACAUAUAAAAGUUGCUUGAAAAGGAUUAAUAUGGUGGAAUUAAACGGCGACGUUUUGGUGAAUAGCAGUCGUUCUUUGCCUUCGUCUUCAACCUUCCAACCUCUAAUCAGAAUUGAAAGAUUUUCAGAUUAACGUCACAGCGCUCAGUCGCUAUCACAGGGCAAUUCUUCAUUGGGGAUUCUUGUUUUCCAUUUCACGGGAGUCGAAGAAGACUGGCGAUGAAGCCUUCCAUAGGUCGUGAACCAAACGGAUCUGGAUUUCAAUCGAACAAUCUCUGGGUCGGUAGUUUGACAACCGAUACUACAGAAUCCGAUAUAGCCGAUUUGUUUGGAAGAUUUGGUGAAAUUGAUAGAAUCACGGCGUUUUCUUCCCGUAGCUUCGCGUUUAUCUACUACAGACGUGUUGAAGAAGCUGUGGCGGCGAAAGAGGCGCUUCAAGGUGCUGACUUGAAUGGGAGUCUGAUUAAGAUCGAAUUCGCUCGACCGGCAAAGCCUUGUAAGAGUCUUUGGGUGGGUGGAAUCAGCCCGAGUGUUUCAAAGGAUGACCUGGAGGCAAAGUUCAGGAACUUUGGCAAAAUCGAAGAUUUCAGGUUUCUUAGGGAACGCAAGACGGCUUUUAUUGACUUUUAUAACAUGGAAGAUGCUAUAGAGGCAAAGAACAUGAACGGAAAGAGAAUGGGAAAUAGCUAUUUGCGAGUUGAUUUUCUUCGGUCACAAGGGCCACAAAAAGAACCAUGGCCUGGCUCUAAUGAUGGCAGGGAUGGCAGUUUGAGUACUAAACAACAGUAUCCUCACUCAUUUGGAGAUGCUGAAGGAGAACGCCGACCAAGUAAUGUACUGAGGAUUGGAUACCCUCCUUCUGUUCAGAUUGACGAGCAAACACUACACAAUUGUAUGAUACUCUUUGGUGAGAUUGAGAGAUGUAUUAGUUACCCAUCAAGGCAUUUCUCACUUGUGGAAUUUAGAAGCAUUGAGGAAGCUCGUUGUGCUAAGGAAGGACUACAUGGAAGGUUACUCAAUGAUCCAAGAAUCACAAUAAUGUACUCGAAUGAUGACAUUCCCCCUGGACGAGGAGAUGAUACCAGUUUUUAUUCUGGUGCCAAACGAUCAAGGCCUGAGAUGUUCGUCAAUGAUCCUCCAUUCAUCUCGUCACCGCAUUCUAGUGGGUUUUUUGGCUCUAUGAGGCCCUUUCGAGGAAGCGUUGAACGUUCACAUAGUGGUCCAGAAUAUAGUGAUGUGGUUGGUACAGAAGAAAGCUGGGGGAGGCCAUCUCCAACUGAAGCUGGAAAAUCUGGAAUACUCCCGUCUCUUGCACCACAUACAAUGCUACCUGUUAGGUCAAACCGUGGUUCUUGGGAAGGAUAUGAUCCUGCUCAGUUGGAUAGAGAACCCAAAAGAACCCGUAGAGAUGGAUCAGUGGAUGGUUUUCCUUCAAUGAGUGUAGAUGAUCGCGUCACUGGGUUUGACAGGACAUACGGGUGUGCGUCAGUUGCAGCCAGGUCCGGCCGUGGUUUCCCUGAUCCUGAUUUCAUUUGGAGAGGAAUCAUUGCCAAAGGUGGAACUACUAUUUGUCGUGCUCGUUGUGUACCUUUCGGAAAGGGGACUGAAACUGAACUCCCUGAGAUCGUCAAUUGUUCAGCAAGAACGGGUUUGGAUAUGCUUGCCAAACAUUACACCGAAGCCAUUGGAUUUGAAAUCGUUUUCUUCUUACCAGACAGGGAAGACGAUUUCGCAUCUUAUACUGAAUUCCUCUGCUACCUUGGUUCAAAAAAUCGAGCAGGUGUGGCCAAAUUAGACGAUGGAACCACUUUAUUUUUGGUUCCUCCAUCAGAUUUCUUAACUGAUGUGCUCAAAGUGUCGGGUCCAGAACGGUUAUAUGGUGUUGUUCUCAAGUUGCCCCCACCACAGGUUCCUGCCGCAGCAUCGUAUAAACAAGAACCUUAUCCCAUUCCUCAAUCUUAUAUGGGUCAAUCUCGGAGUUUGCCUGCCAAUGCCAAUAAUGGUUUGUUCGCUGCUAGAGAAGACCGAGCUGUGUUUGAAUAUAAUAGAGGUAUGCAGAAAGAAUCAAAGCCUUCUCCAAAAUCAUUGCUUGGUCCUUUGAGCGAAUCUGUUUCUGUACCUAAUACUGCAAUGCCUCAAGCUGGGGUUAGUCUAACGCCUGAGCUAUUAGCCGCUCUGGCCUCCUUGCUCCCCACAACUUCUCAACCUACUGCCUCUGAAAGUCACCAGUCCGUUGGACUAUCCAGUGGAGAAGCUCCAUCACAAGCUUGGAAUCGAGAUCAAUCGACGGUCUCUGACCCAUCAAAUCUAUCAUUCCAACAAUUAGGCAAUCAAUACAAUCCGAUGGGGCAACUACCCCCACCUCCCCCUCUUCCUCCUCCUCCGAUGCGUUAUCCUCCGGUGUCAAGCACACCGAGCUACUCCAGUGGAAUGGUCCAUGGUGGUAUGCAAUAUCAAGCACCAUUUGUUAGCACACCUCAGCAAGCUCCGUUACCUACUCCUCCAUCGAGUAAUUAUGCAAUGUACUCUCAAGGUUCACAUCAAGCUGUUUCUCAACCCUUGAGACAGCAAUAUCAGCCUGAAGCUCCCAUGCUUAACCAAAACUACAUACCGGUCCCUGGAGCUGAGAAUCCUGUUUUGCAUGGCUAUCAGCAAGGUAAUUAUCACUGUCUGACAAAUAAUCAAGCGCAUAAAGCAAAUCCUUCCCAAUCUCAAAUUGCGAUGCCACCACCAGCGAACAUGAAAAAGUUGGAUCCGUCUAGCCAAGCACAGCAGCAGCUCCAGCCUUUGCUCCUUGGAGCUGGACAAGGUACGUCAGAUGGUGAGGUCGAUAAGAACCAGCGAUAUCAAUCUACUCUGCAGUUUGCGGCUAACCUUCUUCAACAGAUUCAGCAACAGCAGCAACUGCCAUCAGAUGCUUCGACUGUUCAAGGCCCUUGAGAAGCUCCACAUCCCUUAAUCUGUUGGUGAGAUUCACUAUUCUUGCUCUUUGGUAUCUGAUCAAGUGCUUUCUGUUUUCUACUCUUCUUGCAUAAGCGCACCGUGAUGAGUUUAAUUGGGUAUUAGGGUCUUCUGAUGUGAUGUCUCCUUCUACAUUAUGGCUUCUUGAACAAAUUUAUAUGGAAAAAAGCUGUUUAGUAUGUGUGAUGACUGAAGCUUGUUAAAAACCAUGAAAGGUUGUGAAAAUAUAAAGAUUGAACGUACACAUGUUCUGAGUGAGUCUCGACAAA